AGAAGAAUGUUGUUUAUUUCAAGACUAUGGUAGGACUAGUGAUGCGCACCACCAUCCGGUAUACCGGUAUUACCAGUAAUACCGCAUCAGAAUGGUACAGUGGCAGCUGCAAGAAGGGAGAUGACAGAGCUAUGUAUACAACCAAAUUUGCGGCUGUUUGAUUACCAGAUAUUUUCACCACUAAUAAGCCUUUGGUUUUAAUGUAAGUUUAUAAAUGAAAAACUACAGACAAUGCAGGAAGAUGUUAUUUUGAUGACCGCAGCAGCACAGGUCACAACUGGCAGAGGGGGAAGGGGGUUGCCAGGCAGCCUUUGUUUACAAUCACAGGUGUGGAUGUUUGACUAUCAGGUAUUUUUCGAGUAUUAAAUCAAACUUUUGCGUUUGAGUAUUGAAAAGUUUGAGUGUUGAGUCUCCACUGUAUCCUUCUUAUAACGUGGGAACCAGUACUAUUAUGUGAAUCUGUAUACCAUGCUGGCAAUACUAUACAAAGCACCAUACUCAUACACACUUCAUUCAUUAGCCCUGGUGGCCUCUAGUGGAAAGAAAUUGAAUAUCAUGGCAAGUGGAAACAACAGUGGCCUUGGUUCUUCAAUAUUCCGUGGAACUUUGCAUGGAAACAGCAACAAUUUGGGAGGCAGCAGCAGCAACAGCAACAACAGCCACCACCAGCAUCACCACCACCAUCAGCACCACCACACAGCCAGCCACAGCCACCAUCUGCCACAAGCUGGAGUGAGUCCUGACCACAUGUCAAACAUCAUGGCCAAGCUGUGGUUUGACCAUAAUGUUGAGUACGCUCUGUCUUCCCUGAAGAAGGAGGAACAUGAGAAGCGCACCCGAGACCUUCGCAAGCAGCUUGAGUACAUCAGUGACACCAACUGGAAGUAUUCCCCGGUUGAGAAGUACAUCGGUCAGCAGUGAUUGCCUGGCUGCAUGUAUGUGUGGGUGCCAGUGUAUGCUUAUAGCAUCUUCAGUAUUUGACUAAAAACUACCAUUUUCCUUUCUUGGUGGAGAUAUAUAAACGGCUAAUCUAAAAAGGUGUGUUACUAGUGUGUGAUCUGUGGUGACUACUGAGAAAACUUGAUAGACCGUCCCAGAGAGAAGUCGCACUUUACGUGUUAUUGUUGUGUGACUCAGGUUGUGACAUGUCUGUGAAAAGAGAAGAAAUUGCUUGCACAUAAAUGUGUGUGAAAACUGAAAGAAAAUUUGAAAUACAAGAAAAGCUUUGCCUUGUGAGAUUCUCCACAUGGUCGAGUAACAAGUUUAUGAACUAAAAAUUCUAGAAGACAAACAUCAUAAUGAUCAGUCUUGUGCAGAAAGCCUUGAGGUUUGCUGCUGGGGGCAGCAAGAGCACCCAGCUUGAAGAGACAGUGAGCUGCAGGCCAAAGCUGGAGGACUUUGUGUCAACAGGUCACUCAGGACCGGAGACGAAGGAGUUUGAAGGACUGGUGACGUCCAUAGACUGUUCCUGCAUUGUUAUUAGCCAGGAUAUUUAUUGCGAUCCAUCUGACUUCCCAUCAGACAUUAAGGUUUCUGUGGGAGUUAAAGUGAGGGGCUCAGCUCAGAGGGGAGGCAAGCAUGAAAUGUGGCGAGCAAAGACGGUAAACAUAGUACAGGAAGAAUGGGAUGCCGGCCUUCACUGCACAGCAAGAAUCAAUGGUGAUGGAAGCAUACCCACUGCAUGUGUUGCUGAGGGGAUCCCAAGGAGUUUUAAGAGUGAUUUUUUAGCCUCAGGAUCUUUCCAGCCAGGCCACUUACAUGAAUGUAGUGAAGCUUCGGCCGGGACAGGAGCAUCUCAGAGUGUCAUUGGAAAGGUGACUGGUGUGUGGAGAUACUGUCACUCUCAAUGACAGUGUAUGCUGCUCCCUGGCUGCUGCAAACAUCAACAUGGAUUUAGUACAAGGCAAGAGUGGUGCUAUUUUUAUUUUGGUUCAUUUAGGGAUAGUUAGAUAAUGGUUAUCUAAGCUCAUGGAUAUAGCAACACUACAGAAUCUUACACACACACACACACACACACACACACACACACACACACACACACACACACACACACACACACACACACACACACACACACACACACACACACACACACACA